AUGGCUUCAUACACCUUCAAACCGGUUACUAUUAGCCAUAACCCUGGCGACAAUGAGUCCGCCACGGUGAUCCUGAAGCGCUGGUACGACAAAGCUGAACUUGAGCAAGCAAUUGAGUAUCUUCCACCAGGCCUGACAAUUCACUCCUGGGCAAUUGUUCUCGACAAGCUCAAGAAUGUCCUGGGUACGGAAAAGGUGGUUGUUGGCAAAGAAUUGCACAUCAACUACAUGGACCCGUUUUCGAUGAAUGCCGACGAGAAGGAAAAGCGCGGCAGCGCAUGCGCCGUGCGACCUACGACUGUGGAAGAAAUUCAGAAAAUUUUGGCGAUCGCAAAUGAGUACAAGAUUCCUCUGUGGACGGUUUCCCGUGGAAAGAAUCUCGGUUAUGGUGGUCCUCAAGCACGCGUGAAGGGUUCGAUUAUUGUGGAUCUUCAGAACAUGAACAAGGUCCUUGACGUCAACGAGAAGUUUUCCUACUACACUGUGGAGCCUGGCGUGAGCUUUUUCCAGCUUUUCCAGGAGAUCCAGGCACAAAAGAAGCAUAUAUGGUGUUCAACGCCCGCUUUGGGCUGGGGAAGUGUGGUUGGAAAUGCGCUUGAUCGGGGUUGGGGAUACACUCCACACGGCGAUCACUCCAACCAAAUUUGCGGCAUUGAGGUAGUUCUCCCCGAUGGCACACUGGUCCGAACAGGCAUGGGCGCUCUAGACAACUCGGUCUGCGGGCCACUGUUCCGUGGCGGCUAUGGUCCGACCUACGAUUCCAUGUUCAGUCAGUCCAAUUUCGGCAUUGUCACCAAAAUGUCAAUCUGGGCAUCCCCUGCCCCCGAGGGAUUCAUGCGAGUCCAUCUCUCAGUCCCCGAGGAGCGUGAUCUUGCACCCAUGGUGGAUAUUUUCCGCGAAUUGCUCCUACGGGAAAAGAUUCAAAACCACCCUGUUAUCGGUAACGUGAUUCGCGAAAUCAAUAAACGCGGCCUCCGCAAAGACUUCUGGACUGAGGAUACAUCGAUUCCAUACCACCGAAUCAAGGAGAUUCAAAAAGACCUCGGGUUGGGAUUCUGGGAUGCCACCUUUGCUCUAUACGGGCCUAAGGAGUUGAUGGAGUAUAAUCUUAAGCAGAUCCAAGAAGCGUUCAAGCCAAUCAAGGGCCAUGUGUUGACAACAACUCCUCACUAUCCCAAGCCCGGUCAGAAAUAUGUCAAUGCCCUCGAUAUCCCAUAUGAUUUGCAAACUGGAAAUCCCGGCCUGCGCCCUAUCAAGUCAAUUGAAUACCGCGGACUUGACGGUGGACACAUCUCCUUCUCCCCCGUCCUCCCCUCAGACGGAAAGGCAGCUCUUGACUUCUACUAUACAGCACAAAGGCUCUGUCAAAAGCACGGUUAUGAUUUUGUUGCCGGGUUGCACAUGCACUUGCGACACAUGACACACAUCAACAUGAUUCACUUCGACCGUAACUCGCAAAAGGACAAAGACUCUGCCAACGCCUUGUUCGUUGAUAUGGUUCACGCUGCACGGGAAGCAGGGUACGGCGAGUACCGUGCUCACAUUGAACAUAUGGAUCUGGUUGCCGAGCAGUAUGACUUUGGUGGUGGUGCUUUGAUGCGAUUGAAUGAGCGGAUCAAGGAUACGCUGGAUCCUAAUGGCAUCCUGAGUCCUGGAAAACAGGGUAUCUGGCCCAAGCAUUACCGGAACAAGGGGAAGUCGCAAUUGUAA